AUGGUCCCGUUCUUCAAUAUGCGGGGGGGUCGUAACCACCUCCGUACAUGUUCAACAGACUUGAGAUCAGUUAAAAAGUGUAAUACCGAUGCGGUCUCAGGAAAACUACCAAUGAGAAGAAGCAGCCAUGAUGAACUUUACUCUGCUUCCCGCCAGUAUCUUGUCAACGUCAACUCUACAAUUAUGUCUCUCCUGGAAUCGGAAGAUACCGACGAAAACCUGGAGAUAACCAUCGAGGGCGUCGGCCCAAAGGUACUGCGGGUUGGAACGGUUGCGUCUGGGGGAUACAACAAAUUCGACAUUCGUGGUACAUACAUGUUGUCGAACCUUCUCCAAGAGCUCAGAAUUUUACAAAAGCGUGGCUGUGAGGUAGCUGUGGUGGAUGAGCAACAGUUACGCGAGGACCCGGUAAACCGUCUAUCUCGAUUUAUCAAAACCACGUUUUGGGAUGCGUUGACUCGUCGCAUUGAUGGUUCUAAUAUUGCGCUUUCCGGCCUGGACCCAAAAGAUUGGACAGGUGAUUCCCGACCUCGCAUUUACAUUCCACAGGGAGCACCAGAGCAAUUACACUAUUACAAACGGAUUGCCGAUGAAAAUCCGGAUAUAGGGCUGGAUGUUCAACAGUUAAACGAACAUCUCACUGCUGAAUAUGUGGCAAGUUUGAAUCAAAAACCUGGUCUUCUGGCUCUGGAGAUGGAGAAAUGGAUCAAUCCAGAGACGGGGGAAAUUGAACUAAGGGGAGUUCCCUUUGUUGUCCCUGGGGGUCGGUUCAACGAAUUCUACGGCUGGGAUAGUUAUAUGGAAUGCCUUGGUCUUCUUGCCAGCAAUCGGAUAGACCUGGCAAAGGCCAUGGUUAUAAAUUUCUGCUUCUGCAUCCAGCAUUAUGGAAAAAUCCUAAAUGCGAAUCGCUCAUAUUAUUUGAUGCGGUCACAACCUCCUUUCUUGACUGAUAUGGCUAUGCAGGUAUAUGACAAGAUCAAGGCAGAGGCAGGCGCGCUUGGCUUUUUACGUAACGCUACGCUAGCAGCAAUUAAAGAGUACUAUGGGGUCUGGACCAGCGAACCACGGUACGACCCUGUAACGUGUCUCUCGCGAUAUCGUCCAGACGGGUUCGGUAUUCCUCCGGAAACAGAAGCCACACACUUCCUUCAUCUUCUCACGCCAUAUGCGGAGAAACACGGGAUCACGGUCGCCGAUUUCGUAACCGCUUACAAUAAUGGGACAAUCCGAGAGCCAGAUCUCGACGAAUACCUCUUACAUGAUCGCGCGGUACGAGAGUCUGGUCAUGAUACGUCUUAUCGUUUAGACAGAACCUGUGCAAAUCUGGCAACUGUUGACCUGAACUCUUUGCUAUACAAGUACGAAAUAGACAUCUCACGAAUCAUCUGCAUCUAUUUUAACGACAAGCUGGAAAUUCCGCCGGAUUUUCGCACCCCGCAGAGCAAAGAUACGGAAUUCGAGACAUCAUCUACGUGGAAUCGUCGGGCUCGGAACAGAAAAAUAGCUAUGAAUCGACAUCUGUGGGAUAGGCAAAGGGGCACGUUUUUUGACUACGAUACUAUUCAACAGAGACGCACAACUUAUGAAAGUGCUACCAUGUUCUGGACAAUGUGGGCGGGUGUAGCCACACCACAACAGGCCAUGAAACUGGUGAAAAACGCGCUUCCACGGCUGGAGAAGGAUGGUGGCCUAGUUUCAGGGACCGAAGAGUCACGUGGAGUGAUCAGCUUGACGCGUCCCAAUCGUCAGUGGGACUUCCCUUAUGGAUGGGCUCCACAUCAAAUCUUAGCAUGGACUGGUCUUCUGCGGUAUGGCUAUCAAGAUGAGGCUGAGAGGCUGGCAUAUAAGUGGCUAUAUAUGAUCACUAAAAUCUUCGUUGAUUUCGGCGGUUUGGUCGUGGAGAAAUAUGAUGUCACACGACCGAUCGAUCCUCACCGAGUUGAAGCGGAGUAUGGCAAUCAGGGUUCGAAGGAGACGGGAUUCGGUUGGGUUAAUGCCAGUUACGUAUACGGGCUAGAGAUCCUCAAUACGCACCAGAGACGGGCCCUAGGAGCAGUUACACCUUAUGAGACGUUUAGCAAAGCUCUCAAAUAG